AUGGCUCCCUCUGCGAUAGACGACCCAAAGCAACCACGGCCGGACGGGAAGGCGUAUCCUCCUGCCAACAUCUUCCCCGUCAAAGAGACUCGCUUCGAAAAGUACAUUGAGCCUCAGGCUGAUGGAUACAAGAAGGCGUUUGAGCAACACAAGGGCAAUGCUGCCAUCGUGAUUGACAAUGGGUCUUCAGCCAUUCGCGCCGGGUGGUCAUUCGAGUCGGCACCGCGAUUCAGCAUACCCCCGAUAAUGUCCAAGUAUCGCGACCGCAAGCUUGGCAAGACUUUCUCAUUCGCCGGGUCCGACUGCUAUGCCGACACGACAGCUCGAGGCCAUAUCCGGGGGGCAUUCGAAGCGGGCACUGGCAUCGUGAGCAACUGGGACGUCAUGGAGCAUGUUCUCGACUAUGUGUUUCUCAAACUGGGACUGAACGAAUCAAGCGACGGAGUAGACGUCCCCAUCGUCAUGACAGAGGCAGUCGCCAACUUGCCAUAUUCAAGAAAAUCAAUGACUGAAAUCAUCUUCGAAUGCUACGGUGCACCAUCGCUGGCGUACGGCAUUGACUCUCUCUUUUCGUAUCGACAAAACAAGGGCAACACAGGCCUCGUGGUCUCAUCAUCCUACACUUCAACGCACAUAAUCCCAGUAUACAACGCGAAAGCGAUGCUCGGACAGGCAAUACGGCUCAACUGGGGAGGAUACCAUGGCGCCGAAUAUCUCCUCAAACUCAUCCGCUUAAAAUACCCAGCCUUCAACGCCAAACUAAACGUCUCACAGGCUGAGCACAUGAUUAGAGACCACUUUUACGUGUCAAAGAAUUACGAUGAAGAAAUCACAAGCUACCUAGACUGGACAGGUCUAGAAGACAGAGACGUCGUCAUUCAGUACCCCUACACGGAGGAAGUUGUUGUUCAAAAAACCGAGGAGGAACUUGCUAGGAUAGCGGAGCGUAAAAAGGAGAGUGGUCGUCGGUUACAACAACAGGCCGCCAAGAUGCGACUGGAAAAGCUGAUGAAGAAGGAACAAGAUCUCGAGUACUACAAGAAUCUCCAAGCCAAGCUCGUUGACGAAACCAAGAAGGAAAUCCGCCGUCAGCUAGACAGCCACGAGAUCAAGGAUGAAAACCAACUCGACAAAAUCGUCAAGGAACUGGAAAAGUCCAUCAAGAAGGCGCGCACAAAGGACGUCGGCGGCGACCCUGAAGAAGACCAGGAGCAGCCCAACUUUGACCUCCUUGACGUCCCCGACGACCAGCUCGACGAGGCGCAAAUCAAGCAGAAGCGCCAACAGCGACUCAUGAAAUCCAACCACGACGCUCGGGCACGUGCCAAAGCUGAAAAGGAAGCUGAAAAGGCACGAGUCGCUGAGGAGGAGCGUCUCGACAAGGAACGCCGGGAAAAUGAUCUCGACAACUGGCUCGAAGAGAAGCGCCAAGCUCGUCUCCGGACCCUCCAAAAGAUCAAGGAGCGCGACCGCCUCAAAGCCGACCUAGGCAACCGCAAGUCUCUCGCCUCUCAGAUCCGCAUGAAGAGCAUCGCCAACCUCGCAUCCGACAACCCCACCAAGAAGCGUCGCCGCGGCGGAGACGACGAUGACUUUGGCGCCAACGACGACGACUGGGGCGUAUAUCGCCAAAUCGCCGUCGGCGAGAACAGCGAAGACGAACAGGAAGAAGAAGACCUCGCCACCAACCUCAAGAACCUCGAGCAGGAGCUCCUCCAGUACGAUCCAGACUUUGACUACGAGCAAACUCAGGAAGCACAAUCAGACUGGUCCAAGUCCCUCCUGCACGCAUUCGCACGCGGCCCGCGGCCCUUUGACCCAGCCUCCCAGGCACAGCUCAGCCAAAUCCAUCUCAACGUGGAGCGCAUCCGCGUCCCGGAGAUUGUGUUCCGCCCGUCCAUAGCAGGCGUCGACCAGGCGGGCAUUAUUGAAAUCGCAGGGGACAUGCUGAACCAGCGCCUGAGCGGGAUGCCUGACCGCGACGCACUCCUAAAGGACAUCUUCCUCACGGGUGGGAACACCGUGUUCCAGAACUUUGACGAGCGAGUUCGCGAAGGGCUGAGGGCGCUGCUGCCUGCUGACUCGGAGUUGAAGGUGCGUCGAGCGCAGGAUGCCUUGCUGGAUGCAUGGAAGGGCGCGGCGGGUUGGGCAGGGACGCCAGCGUGGAAGGCAGCCACCAUUACGAGGGAGGAGUAUCGCGAAAAGGGACCAGAAUAUAUCAAGGAGCAUGAUAUGGGCAACUCGUAUGCUUAA